CCUAAAACGAUUUUUUCUCUAUCACAGAAUAAAUUUGGAUCUCUGUGCUUAAAGUCAAGAAUAAAUGGGUAUAUUGUGAUUAACCAGCAUUAUCUUCCAGCAAAACAGACAGCACAUCGUGGAUUAUAUCAAGUACAACCGUGUAAAUUAAGAAUAAAUCAUUAAAUCAUGGAAAUUUUAACUAAAUUAUCAAAUGCCUUUUGGAAUGAAGAUGUUUGGCUUCCUCCUAACGUUACAUGGAAAGACAUUGAGCCAGGCAGUAGUGAAGAUAUCGUUUAUGCAGAUUAUAGACAUCUUUUAUGGCCUAUUCCCAUUUCAUUUCUUAUCAUAUUUCUGAGGAUAGCAGUUGAAAAUUAUUGGAUUAUGCCAAUUGGAAGAUCCCUCGGAAUUAAAUCGACCAAGGCUAAAGCUCCUAUACCAAAUAAAACGCUAGAAAUCACGUAUUCUAAAAUGUCGAAGCUUAAUCACAAAACAAUAGUAAAUUUGACUAAACAACUUGACCUGACAGAACGACAAAUUGAGAGAUGGUGGAGAAGGCGUAAAGCUCAAGAUAAACCGACAACAUUGAAAAAAUUCUGUGAAAAUGUUUGGCGCUGUAUGUACUACACAUAUAGCUUUAUUUUUGGUAUAAUUGUAAUGUGGGACAAGUCAUGGCUAUGGGAUAUUAAGCAAUGCUGGUAUAGCUACCCUCAUCAAUCAAUUCACAACGAUGUCUGGUGGUACUACAUGAUCUCAAUGGCCUUUUAUUGGUCAUUAACAUUUUCACAAUUUCUCGAUAAUAAGCGAAAAGAUUUCUGGCAAAUGUUUAUACAUCACGUGUUGACUUUAGUAUUGAUAUCAUUAAGUUGGAUGUGUAAUUUACAUCGAGUCGGAUCACUUGUGCUGAUCGUUCAUGAUUUCGCUGAUAUUUUAUUGGAGGCAGCAAAGUUCUUAAAGUAUGCAAAUCUCCAAAAAGCUUGCGAUAUUAUCUUUGGAUUGUUUACAAUAUCUUGGAUUGUGACUCGUUUGGGAUUAUUUCCAAGAAUUAUUUAUAGUUCAACAGUGGAAGCACCACAGAUAUUACCGAUGUACCCAGUUUAUUAUAUAUUUAAUUCACUACUUAUAAUGCUUCUUGUACUCCAUUUUAUAUGGACUUAUAUGAUUCUUCAAGUUGUCGUGCAGACAAUAAAAGCAGGACAAAUGGAAGGUGAUGUUCGUUCUAGUUCCGAUGAAGUAUCAGAUAGUUCUGAGAAUCGGGAUAAGCCAGUACUUCAGAAUGGAUCUACAACUCCAUUAAAAGAAAAUAAUAAAUCAUCACCAAGCCGAUUAAUCAGUAAUAACACUGAAGAUUACUAACUCGACUAAUCUUUCGUGCCGCUUGAAACUGACUUCUUUUUUCAUUUUCACAUUUCAUUCCAAUGUAUUUUUGGACAUAUUUUUCUUCUAAACUUACGAUCAAAUAGCGAGUCAAUAGUCAAACAAUUUUUGUAGUUUAUUUAUUGUUAAAUUAAACACUUUGUAAAAUCAUUUUAUGCCAAGAUACACAUGUCACGUGGAUGCCAUAAGUUGACGUUUACAGCCUCGAUAUACCUAAAUGUUGAUACAGUGGCUUAAUUAUUAACAACUGGAACUGCUUAAGUAUAUAUAUUGUACAUGUUUAGUAGAUUGUGGUCGAAAACCGCAUCUUUUCAAGGCCUCCACAUGACAUCCACAACAAACAUGUGUUUCUCGGACAUAAUUUUUUCUUUGAAUCUUUAUUGAAUUUUUAGAUCUAAAAAAAGUCUCAUAUAUGAUGAUAUUUUUCUAUUAGAUAGAAAAUAGAAGAGAUAAUGUCAGUUUUUAUAUAUUUACAAGCAUAUUAAAUGAAUUUUCUAUUGAAGCUGUUGCAAAAUGAGAAAGCUUUAAAAAAUCUUAUCGAAUCACACAUUUUUCUUCUUAAUAAUUAAAAUUAAUUAAUUAAGCUGCUUACGAAGUGAACCAAAUUUUCAAUUUUUAUUAGAUUAAUG